GUCCGUUGUAGUGCUUCUCGAAAGUUUACCAAAAAGAGGAAAGAGAUGAGGUUUUGGGUCUCAUUAUUCUUUCCUUAAAUCAUUUAUAUUCUAUGGCUGCAACUCAACCAAGCAUUAGGGGUAAGGGACCAGCAAACUGCAAAACACCAUAAAUAUCCAUCCACCUCUCUCUCUCUUCUUCUUCUUCUUCUUAAAAAAGAAAUUCUAGACAACAUAUUUCUCUUUCUUAUUACCCAUUUUAGGGUUUUCUGAUGAAGAAUCCAUUCUUACCUCCCAGACUUUUGUUUUCCAUCUCUCAGAUCUGAAGAAACCCAGAAAAGUAAAUUUGCUACAGUUCCAGUGAGCAUUACAGUAAAGGAAGAAGAAGAAAAUGGUAAGGGGAAAAACUGAGAUGAAAAGGAUAGAGAAUGCUACAAGCAGGCAAGUUACUUUCUCCAAGAGGAGAAGUGGGCUUCUCAAAAAGGCUUUUGAGCUCUCAGUUCUUUGUGAUGCCGAAGUUGCCCUCAUCGUCUUCUCCCCUAAAGGAAAGCUCUAUGAGUUCUCCAGCUCCAGCAGCCCUAGCAAGACGAUAGAACGCUACGAAACGAAUUCCAAGAACAUGGGAGUCCACAAAAGAACAGUUGAACAAAAUAUACAGCAUUUCAAAGAAGAGAUUGCUACAAUGAGCAGAAAUGUAGAUCUUCUUGAAAACACCAAAAGAAAGCUUCUGGGGGAAGGUUUAGAAUCUUGCUCUACUGAUGAGCUGCAACAGAUAGAAGAGCAGUUGGAGCAAAGCUUGAGCAACAUUAGAGCAAGAAAGAAUUUUAUAUACAAGGAAAGAAUUACUAAGCUAAAGGAAGAGGAAGAAACCCUAAGAAGGCAUAAUGCUGAAUUGAGGAAAAGGCUUGAAGUAAAAUCCUUGACUCUCUCAACAGUACAACAAGAUAUUGAUCCCCAGCAGAAAAUAAUGGAAGUGGAGACACAACUAUUUAUUGGGCCUCCAGAAAGAAGCCCUCAUUAGAGAUUAUUGUAUUUUUAUUUUCAUGUUAUUAUUAAUACUAGUGUGGUUUUCAAAUUUAAUAUAUAUUUUUAUGCAGUUUAUGAACCUCUAAAGUAUGUGUAAGUUACAAGCUUUACUAAUUACUACGGAGUAUGAGUAUGUGGACUACUAAUCAACUAGAUUAUUCGUGACAAGUUUAGUUGA